GGUAGCCUCUUUCAUGGGUACCGGAGUUCGCGGAGAAGAGGGGCUGGUCGGCCGUGGGGAUGCCGCCGGGCUCGCCGGCACGGUUUCCGGCCAUGAACGACAAGGCCGGGGAGUGGUCGGAACAAUCGCCGUCAACGACCUAGAGUCGCACGAGUUCUGGCCCUCAGCCAGGAAGCUCCCGUCCUCCCGCUACAAGGGAGUGGUUCCGCAGCCAAAUGGCAGAUGGGGAGCACAAAUCUACGAGAAGCACCAGCGCGUGUGGCUCGGCACCUUCCGAACCGAGGAGGAGGCGGCGAAGACCUACGACAUAGCUGCCUUGAAGUUUAGAGGCAAGGAUGCCGCGACCAACUUCCGGGACAUGUCGGUGGCGGACGAGUUCGAAGCAAGGUUCCUGGAAUCCCAUUCGAAGGCGGAGAUCAUCGACAUGCUCCGGAAGAACACGUACCAUGAGGAGCUCUUGGUGGAGAAGAGGAAUCUUACGGGGGGCAUGUUGUCGUGUCGUUCGAGACGAGACCCCAAGAGGUUGAGGGAGAAGGAAGAGCUGUUCGAGAAGGUGCUCACUCCCAGCGAUGUGGGCAAACUGAACCGGCUGGUGGUGCCGAAGCAGCACGCGGAGAGGUACUUCCCGGUGGCCGCCGGCCGGAGACCGGAGGCCGUGCUGUUGAACUUCGAGGAUGAGGGAGGAAGGGUGUGGAGGUUCAGAUACUCCUACUGGAACAGCAGCCAGAGUUACGUGCUGACCAAAGGGUGGUGCAGGUUUGUGAAGGAGAAGAGCCUGAAGGCCGGGGACGUGGUGACUUUCGCGAGGUCGACGGGUCCGGAGAGGUUCAAUUUCAUAGGAUGGAAGCAUGGGGUGGUCCGAGCCAAGGCUCACCCACCGCCGCUCUGGGCCUCCUCCAUGUGGCAGCCAUUGACAGGAAAAGAACAACAGAGGCCGGCGAAGUUGGUUCGCCUAUUCGGCGUGGACCUUGCGGCUGGCGACGAUCACAAGCUAUGCAGUUUGGAGUUGAGCCGUGAUCUACAGAAUUUGGGUGAGAGGUGAUGAAAGGUGAGUGGGGAUAUCCAGUAGAUGGAACUAUCAAUAUUUGGUUUUUCAUUGUCUUCUUUCCUGCUUGUAUUGAAUUUCAGUUGAUUGAUGAAAAGUAAAAAUACUGUACACAUCGGACAUCUGAAUAUGGAAAUAGGCUGAGUGAUCAUUGUAGCAGAAGUGAAGCCAUUGCUCUGAUCUCUCUCUGCCCAUCUCUCUCACAGAGACAACAAACACAGAU